AUGAGUGAUUAUUCAUCAUCUUUAGGUUUCAUUUAAUUUUGGGGACACUCCAAAUAAUUGAAUCUUGUUACUCCUCAAAUGAGUGGGACCAUCAACAUAUUAUUAAGUGGAGUAAGUGAUUUACGUCAUGUUCUUGAAACAUGUUUAUGUAAUCAUAAUAGAGAUGAUUUAUAAGUAUAGAGUUUGAAUUUAUUAUUUAGCUUAAUUUUUAUAUUCAUGAAAAAUACAAGGAAACUGUAUGUAGAUCAUUAUUGUUAUUAUUGAUAAUGCACACCAAGAAUUUUACAUACAGAGAAAGAAGUGAUAUGUUUCUAGAAGUCUUUGGAAAUACUUUCUUAAGGGAAUCUACAACCAAUUAUAUUGAUAAGGUCAUUCCAUUUUUAGAUGAUUUAAUUGCUAAGGAAACUAAAUUUACAUCGGCACUAAAUUAAAUAGUUGAUCUUUGUGAAUUGAAAUUCAAAGACAGAGAUGAAAUGACUGAAGUUAUUAGAUCAUGGUAUUCAUAUCAAGAAUUCAAAAUUGAAAAAUUGAGAGAUCAAAGAUUAAGACAUCAUUAUGGCAUCAGAUUUGAUCAUCGUCUCAAUAUGAUUGAUUGGGAUUAUUAAAUGAACUUAAAAGAUUUUGCUCCUAUUAUUCACUUCAUUCAUUAUAGAGAAUGGAGACAAUCUGGAGUUGCCUUUGAAUCACGAUAUGCAAGCUAUCCAACACCUAAUAGGACAUUGGCAGGUUAUCUACCAGGAAAACAUAAAUAAACUAAAGAUAGUCUAUUGGUAAGAGGCUAUUGGGGAGACAUUGUUGUAUCUCCUUACAUUUCAUUUGGAAUCUAUACUAGUGUUUAACCAGAAAAUGAAUAACUAUUCAAAGUGAGAAAUACAUAAUAAGUAUCUCAUGCUGUAACUGUAUCUGAAUUCAAUAUUUAACAUAUGAUAUAAAAAUUCGAUAAUGGUACUGAUUAUCAUAUACAUGUUGAUGAAUAUUUAGAGAGGUAAGAUAAUAAGUAAAAAUAAAAAGAAGAAAAACAAAAAGAGGAAGGAUUAGAAAAAAUAGAUGAAAAAGAAGAAGAAAAUGAAUAAUAGGAAUAAGAAUAAUAAUAAUAAGAAUAAAAAUAAGAAUAAGAUUAAUAAAAAUAAGAAUAAUAAUAAGAUAAAUAAGAAGAUACUAAUAUUACUGAAUUAAAUACAACAAUUACAGAUACAUCUAUUAAAUAAGUUAUUACCAAAGAUAAUAUGAUUGUUGAAAUUCAAUAAGAUCCCUUAUAAAGUAUAUAUAUAAUUCUAAAUUAUAGCGUUUUAAAAAUUAAAAGUAAAAAUUAUUCCAAUCUUUGAAGAAUUUGAUAAAUUGUAUGGAAAGAAGAAAUAUCAAAAUUUCUUUGAUGUUGGCGUAUUAGGGUUUAUGGAAUCAAUAAAAGUAAAAGAUCCAAAGUUGAGAGAAUUGUUUAAGAAAUAAUGUUUUUAUAAUUAUUUAUAUAUAUAGCUAAGUUGUUUGUUGAAUCCACUUAAUUCAUAGUUCCCUUUACAAAAGAGGAAAGAAUUAAAGGAAAUGAAAAUGUGUAGAAAAUUAGUGUUAGUGAUGGAGGAUGGAGUUUGUAAGAUGGAAAUUUGGAAUAUAUUACUUUAAUUUAAAAAUGAAGAAUUAAUAUAUAUUGUUUUUAGCAUUAUCGAUUGUUCUUGCUCAAACAGAGAAUUCAAAAGCUUAAAGUGAAAAAUCAGGAGCACAUUCUUAAUAAGAAGAAGAAGGUUGAAUUAGAUAUAAUAAUAGGGCCUAGUAAAAGUUUGGUUUAUGGAGUAGUGGUGAUUUUGUUGGGUGCUUUAGGCUAUUUUAUAUAUAAUUUCUAUGUCUGUCAUAAAAAAAAAAUAGAUUAUGGUUUGGAUGGAGAUGAAGAGCAUCAUUAUGAGAUUGAGAUUUAAAAGAGAAAGGAUAAUCUAUGAUUUUUAUUACAU